AUGAAGAGGACAUGCCGAGCAACUGGGUUCUGGAAACGGGGAAGAGGAAGAAGCGGCGGCGCUGAGGACCUGGGGGCGGCGGCGGCGCUGACGACCUGGGACCGGCGGCGGCGAAGAAGGGCUAGGGUUCCCUUUGCUUCAGAGUUCAGAGUUCUCCAAUCCAGGUUUGGCACUGAAAAUUUUUUACUCUGCAAUUAUACUGCCAACGACUUCGACACCUUGUCCGUCAAAGAAGUUGGAGAUGGCAACCUUAACUUCGUCUUCAUCGUUCUCAAUUCCACAGGUUCUUUUGUCAUCAAGCAGGCUUUGCCUUAUAUUCGCUGCAUUCGGGAGUCAUGGCCAAUGACGAAGGAGAGAGCAUAUUUUGAAUACUUGGGGCUGAAAGAAGAGGGUUGCUUGAGCCCUGAGUAUGUUCCUGAAGUUUACCACUUUGACCGUACAAUGUCAUUGAUCGGCAUGCGUUACUUGGAACCGCCACAUAUAAUAUUAAGAAAAGAGUCGACAGCUAGAAUUGAGUACCCUUUGCUUGCAGAGCACAUGGCUGAUUUCAUGGCCAAGACACUCUUUUUCACUUCUCUCCUUUUCCGUACAACUUCCGAGCACAAAAGGGACGUUGCCGAAUAUUGUGGUAAUGUGGAGUUAUGCAGACUCACCAAGCAGGUCGUGUUCUCUGACCCUUAUAAAUUUUCUCAAUAUAAUCAUUGGACUUCCCCUUAUCUCGAUCGUGAUGCUGAGGCUGUUCGGGAAGACAAUCUGCUGAAGCUUGAAGUUGCUGAGCUGAAAUCCAAGCGUACAAGGAGUGGAUUCUUAAGACAAUUGAAGAUACCUGGAAUCUUUUCCAUCACAAAUUCACUGCUCUUUGGGAUGAGCACAGACAUGGUGCGGGUGAGGCAUAUCUUCCUGCUAUAUAUAACAAUCCUAAGGUUCAGCUGCUUGUACAGAAGAAAUACAUGACAAAUUUGUUUCAUGAUAGUCUUGGGUUUGGUGCUGUCAAAAUGAUAAGGUGAAAUUGCUGAUCAUCAUUUUUAACCAGAAUGCUAUAUGUUUAAUGGGACUUAUUUUGUUAGUUAGAUAUAAAACUAUUUGAGAACUUAUGCUUAAAUUGGGCAAUUGACUUGAUCAGACAUUUUUUGACCAAAAUGGCGACAAUUUUGAUUGUAGUUUGCAUUCUUCCUAUAAAAAAUAUGGAAUGGUAAUAUUAGAAUGUGUCUUUUGCAUGACUCUAGUCUAAAGUGCUCGUGUGAGGAAACAUAUUAGGUAUAAAAUUCAAUGACAAUGUUGGAAUUGCUCUCUACUUUCUAAUGUGUAUAUAAUCAUUUACACUGAUGUUUAGUUGAGGAACUUGUGAUUCACAGUUUAGUCCCUACAAUGUUCUGAAAGAAGGCAUAUACACUUAUUGGGCUCCAGAGGAGUAUUAAUCAAGGUGGAUAUUGUACAUAGAUCUUCAAGAACUAGUAUCUUUUAAUGUUCUGCAACUACAAGAGCCUAUUCAAAUGGGACAAAGAGUGAGUGAAUUUCACCUCGAGGCAUUGCAACAAGAUGGUGUAUGGAAGAGAGUUACAAAUGGCACCACAAUUGGAUAUCAGAGGCACAAUUGGAUAUCAGAGGCUUUUGCUGUUUCCAAAAGUAAAAUCUCAGCAUUUGAUGCUUGUUAUUAACAAGUCUAGAGCUGAUCCACUGAUAUCAUACUUGGGGAUCUACAUAGAUCCAGUUACCAUUUGGAGCAGCAUAUAUGAUGAUACAGUAUUAACAAGCCAUUUCAAUGCCAUUCAAGUUAUUCAUAUUAUCACACAAGACAACUCUCAUACUGGUACUUCAACAGCUACAAUGUAAACUUACUCAGUUAUUUUUCUUGUAGUUGUAUGUUACACAGAAAUAAAAGAAAAUUUUUUGCUCAUUUAUGUAUGUGUGAAUUGGUAUCUAUUUUUCUCCCCAUGUAUUUUGUAGAAUCUUGUAGAGGACUCGUCUCUCAAUAAGGAGAGCAGUAAUCUGUGUAAAUUGCUGUGUAAUUUACUUUCAUAGUAUCAAGAACAAAUCUUCCAAGUUCCAAUGGUCA